CGAGAAGCUGUAACGGAAGUUAAGUCGGGCGUGCGCCCAUAGUGGGAUGGAGCAGCCGCAGCCGCAGUCGCAGCCGCAGCAGCAGCAGCAGCUGAGAAACUUGCGGGACUUCCUGUUGGUCUACAAUCGGAUGACGGAACUGUGCUUCCAACGCUGCGUGCCCAGCCUGCACCACCGAGCUCUCGAUGCUGAGGAGGAGGCCUGUCUCCACAGCUGUGCUGGGAAACUGAUCCAUUCCAACCACCGCCUCAUGGCCGCCUACGUGCAGCUCAUGCCGGCCCUGGUACAGCGGCGCAUCGCAGACUACGAGGCUGCCUCAGCUGUGCCAGGUGUUGCUGCUGAACAGCCCGGAACUGCGCCAUCAGGCAGCUAGCCAUCCCUAACCCCAGAAAGGGAGGCACUGGAUGGACCCUCAAAUUUAAGGAGCCAGCGUACCUCGGGCUGCGUGCAGCCUGUAUAUAGAGAGUGAGAGGUUGUCUGAGAGCUGGGCACGGUUGCUCCUUUUCCUGGAGCUAAUAAACCCACUUUUAUUCCGUUUCGUUUAUGUCCUGGGCAGGGAAGUUUUGCCCACUAUUAGCACCAGCCUUUAAUCUGCUGGCUUCAGCACUGGCAACAGAGAAAUUGCUUUCUAUGUGUAGAAGGAAACCUCAGCAUUCUCAGGCACCUGGUUAAAGCAAGGUCUGUGGGUACAAUUUUAAGAUUGGUAAUAGCAACAGAAAAUCGGUUCCUGCCCAGAUAACAGAGAAAUGGGAGUUGUAUAGCUGUCCUUAAAUCUGUCAGACUAUAGUGGUUCACUUGUGAGCCAGGUAUGCAUUCAUUCAUAACCUGAGUGUGUGUGUGUACUAUGUCUUAUAAGAAGGAUUUCUGCCAGAUUUAGGAAAAGAAGGAGUUAGCUAAGGACAACAGAUCAAGAAAUCACAGAGUUUUUAGGUGCUACCUCCUGGGAAGUCAGUAGCUCCAGAACAAAGAUAAAACCUGUAAGAAUUCUGGGGUGUUGUGGAACUUCAGCCUUUUCCCCAAGUUGUCACUUUCUUAUUUUCUGUCUUCCUGAAUGAGCAGUAAAACUGUUAAGCAAAGAA